AUGGCUUCCUCCACGCUCAAUCCCUCAGAGAAAUGGCUCCUCAUUGUGGCCGCCGGAGCUUCUCUGGCUGUCAUUGCAAACACGUUUCAGGGUGAUGGAGCGCCCCUCGUGGCGUCACUCGCGUUCUCGACCUUGGCUUUCUCCAUGACUUAUGCUUUCGUGCGAUGGUCGGGUCCGGCGUUUGUCAAGGCCGGGCUAAAGGGGAGAGACAUGAGCAAAACCAUGCCGAAAGAGAUCCCUGAAGCCAUGGGAGCAGUUGCGGCGGCGGUCUACAUCCUGGCUCUGAUGGCAUUCAUCCCUUUCGCCUUUUACAAGGAUAUCGUUGCCGCUACGUCCGGUGGUGGAAACAGGGAUGUCGUGCUCACAGUGACGGAGGUCGAGACGGGGCGCUUCUUGCACCGGUUUCCUCACUCCAAACUGUCCUCGUACCAAUCGGCACUCAAUACUCUCCAGGCCACGACCAUACUGGGCAUAUGCGACGACCUCCUCGACCUCCGCUGGCGACAUAAGUUUUUCAUUCCGGCGGUGGCAUCGCUACCCCUGCUCAUCGUGUACUAUGUCGACUUUGGCGUCACCUCCGUGGUCGUGCCCAAUUUUCUCAUCCCCUACAUGCCGAACCAAGCUCGUCUCAUCAACCUGUGGUUUUUCUACUAUUUGUACAUGUCGGCGCUGUCGAUAUUUGCGCCAAACUCGAUCAACAUCCUUGCAGGCAUCAACGGAAUCGAGGUUGGACAGGCAUUGGUGAUCGCGGGAUUGUUGGUGCUCAAUUCAGCACUCUAUCUGGUCCCAUUCCCAGGGAACCCCGUCCUGAAUCACGCCUAUGCCACCCGUCCCCACCCUGCCACUGACGGCCAUCUUAUGACGCUGUAUAUCUUGCUGCCAUUCUUGGCCGUGUCGACCGCGCUGUACAUUCACAACAGAUACCCAGCUCGCGUUUUUGUCGGGGACACAUACUGCUAUGUCGCGGGCAUGACAUUCGCGGUCGUGGCAAUCAUGGCACAUUUCAGCAAGACACUUCUGUUACUUCUGAUUCCACAAAUCGUCAACUUCCUCUACAGCACCCCGCAGCUUUUCCACCUGAUGCCGUGUCCCCGACAUCGACUACCCAAAUUCAACGCAAGGACCGGCCUUCUCGAGCCCAGUGUGACUCCAUGGCCCCCGGGGAGACCACCCAGCAAGCUGCUGACGGCGGUUUUCUUCUUUCUAGACAAGUUACACUUGAUCCAAGUCACUGUGGACUCCAAGACGAACCGAAUCUCGAGCACGUCGAACCUGACCAUCAUCAAUCUAUGGCUGGUGUGGAGAGGUCCCAUGAGAGAAGAUCAGUUGACGAGGGAGUUGCUGGUCAUGCAGACCUGCUGUGGCCUCCUGGGGCUGUUUAUGCGCCACACGAUGGCUUUGCUGAUUUUCGGCAUGGAUAAUCGGGGACCAGGCUCUGCGGUGUAG